AGCGACAUCCAGGGAGUGACUUUUAGCUUAUACUGUGAAAGAGAAUGAGCCAGGGGACGAGACAUACAGCACACACCUGAAAGGGCCUCAAGAUCCUUGGGGAGGGACGGGAGAGAGGAUAGAACAAACGUUACGUGUUUGACUGAGGGGAGGAAGAAGAGAAGUGAAAGGUAGAGUUGAAUAAAGGAAAGAAAAGGUCUGCUGUGGAACCUGGUCAGCGCAGAGCUUCACCAUGGCCACCUUAAAGGAGAAGAGGACCUGUGGGCAGCGAUGUGAAGACUUUGGUCGUUUUGUCUGGAACUCCGACAAUGGGACAUUUAUGGGGAGGACACCAGAGAAAUGGGUGUACAUCAGCCUGUAUUAUGUGGCAUUCUACGUGGUGAUGACCGGCCUCUUUUCUCUGGCCAUCUAUGUGCUCAUGUACACCUUGGAUCCGUACGCUCCCGACUACCAAGACCGGCUAAAAUCUCCAGGGGUGAUGGUGUGGCCGGACACUUAUGGAGAGGAGGAUAUUGAAAUCAACUACAACACAUCAGACAAGGCCUGCUGGACGAAGAUGUCCAAAAUCCUUCACAAGUUCCUGGGGCCCUACAAUGACACAAAGCAGCUUGAAUGUAACAACUAUAACUGCACAAAGGGAAAGUACUUCAUCCAGAAAACCUUCUCUGCCCCUCAUCACACAAAGUGGGCAUGUCCCUUCACGCAAAGCAUGCUGGGACCCUGCUCAGGAUUGGAGGACCCGACCUUUGGCUACAACUGCACCAUGCCUUGUGUUGUCAUUAAGAUGAACAGGAUCAUUGACUUUUUGCCUACUAAUCACACUGAGCUUCCCCCAUAUGUCAACUGCACGAUACUGGAAGGACAAAGCAAUGUGGCAAAAAUUGAGUACUUCCCUGACAGGGGGGUUAUGGAUCUUUCCUACUUCCCUUAUUACGGAAAAUUGGCACAGCCUACAUAUGUCAACCCGUUGGUGGCUGUUCGGUUCAGCCUGGUCGGAGAGAAACACGCGAAGAUCCAGUGCAGAGUGGUCGGAGACAAGAUCGGCUACCAAAGCUACCACGAACCCUACGAGGGAAAAGUCACCUUCUACCUCAAAGCAAUGAAAUAAGAAACAGAGAGGAAGAUACUCAAAAGUCCCACAUUGAGUCACACGACAGUAUCAUAGACAGAGCUGGUGUCUACAGAUUGGCAGUGAUUCAUAUAUUUAACGACCUUAAAGCUACUUGUACUUAACUCAACAGAAUAGGCCCACUUAAAUCUCUCAGCUGUGUGUUGCUUUUAUAAACCUAAAUCAUCAUGCUUUGCUGAGUGAUUCAUGAACUUCUUUGUGUACUGACUUUCAGAUUUUGCCAUGAUUUAAAUUGUAAAAUCUACAAAUCUACAGUAUAUGUGAAGAGGAAAAUCAUGUUGGGUAAUUAUGACUUAAAUUCCCAACUAGAUUUUUGUGGAGAAUUUAGAUUUUGUUUUUUAAGUGCCAAAUGUGUCCUAAGAAGACCAUGACAAAUGUAUCUCAAGGAAAUCAGAUCAUUUCUAAAUAAAAAAAUGUAUCCAGCUUUU